AUGUCUCACACUCCUCCCGGCUUCAGCCCCAAUCCACACUCUCCUGCUCCUAUGUCAUCCCCUACACAGAAAUCAGUCACAGUCACUACUCCUGCACUUCCAGCAAUCAACAUCUCAGUGGAUCAGGUGAAGCAUGGCCUCAGGAAGAUCAGCCCUACAAAAGCUGUGGGUCCGGAUAAGAUCAAUCCGAGAGCAUCCAACUGUCACAAUAUCACCGAUCUAUUACACACACACUACCUCUCACCCCUGUAUGCUUUGGAGUUUGCCAUUGGCUUCCCCUGCAACCUGUUUGUGGUCCUGUUCUAUGUGUUCUGGCUGCCUUCUUGGAAAUCUAUAAAUGUGUACAUGUUUAAUUUGGCAAUUUCUGAUUUGAUACUCUUAUGCACCUUACCAGUGCUGAGCUACAACUACAUGCAUGACCAAAUAUUUUCACCUGUAGGCUGUGUGGUUACUCGCUACAUCCUCCAUGUUAACCUGUAUGCCAGCAUCCUCUUCAUGGUGUGGGUGGGUGUGGACCGAUUAUUACUGCUGUGGUACCCACAACGCAAUCACUUCCUUUUGUCUUGCAAGGCCUCGUUGUUCAUCAGCUUCCUGAACUGGAUCUGGGUGACUAUUGAGAUUACUCCUCUAAUCAUAUUUGUUAUUAAUGACCAAAAGAGAACUAAUUGGACCAAGUGCCAUGAUUUCGCUAGCAUGAAACCACCCAUCCCUGUUCUAGACUACUGCUUGUUACUCACCGCUGUAGCAUACGUGCUCCCACUACUGACCUUGUUUCUUUUAACAAGUAAGAUGAUUUCUCUGCUCAAGGAGAGAGAGCACGUGCUUGGGACAUCCUUUCAAAGGCCAGUGAACAUCUUGAAGACUGUGACUGUAAUGGGGCUGGUACUUUACUUGCCACUUCAUCUGAUGAGAACCAUGGCCCUCGCUUCACACUCUACUAAAUUGGAAAAGUGUACAAAAGUCUACAUCCAUGCUGCGUUCAUAAUAACAAGGCCGAUUGCAUUUUCUCACAGUCUCAUAAACCCUGUGUUUUAUGUCCUAAUGACAGAAAGGUUUCGAGAGAUCCUGCAGGACAAGUGGAGAAAGUUUGGAUACUUGACAAUAUGUAGAAGAUUGUCAUAA